AUGGUUGUGUGCCACUACGACGAUGGACACUUUUUUAUUGUGAGUUUCAGUUUAUGCAGUUUAUGCAGUUUAGACAAUAUUCCUUAUUUGCAGGUUCCACCGUCGUUUCUCUGGUGGACGGCGAAGGUAAACUGAAGGGGGAAGCAGCGUCUCUUCAGAUUCUCCUCGUUUGCAGCGUGUCAUCCUCGCCGCCCUUCUCGUCAAUGUUCUCCUUUCGUCCGUUUUCCUCCUCAACUCGUCCGAUCUGCUCGCUUGCCUUCUCUUCGGCUCGGUGAGUCACUGGCGGCGCAGUUCUGUGGCGGUACACGCAAAAAAGCUUUCGCUUUUCUGUGUUUGACGGUCGUUUUGACGUUGCGCAAUGGGAAUGGUUUAUAAGUUUGAAUAAGAAAACGGUUAAUAUUUCGAUGGGAAAAUAGAAAUAUCAAACAAGUGACUCGCUCAGUCUGACUUCAGAUGACCAUGUCGUUGAUGUUCGCCUGCGGAUACAUCUACGAGUCGCUGCCAGUCAUCGUCCUCCAUCUCGUCGUCUCCCUUCUCAACGUUCCCGCCGGAGCGGCGGCUAUUGUGAUUGCUGCUCUUGACCCGAUCGGUCUGUUCCCUCUCGCGCUCAAUUCAAAUAAUUUCCAUUCAGUUUGCAACAACGCAGUUAAGUGCAAAACGGUCAGCCAAUGGUCCGGGGAUAUCGGCGUUCUCUGCUUCAAAGUGUGGAUCUAUAUGUACGCGGCCGUCGCCAUAAUCAGUACGAAUCUCCAUUUUCCACUAACGUUCAAAUGUCACUCUUUUUAGCCCACGUCUUUAUGAUUCCCGUCUCGUUCCGUCUGAUGAAAUAUGCGGCCGCCUCGGAAGCAUUCGACAGACUGCAGGAAACGAAGGAAACGGGCGAUCAGAAGAAGAGCGGUCACUGCGAGAAACUUUGGAAUCUGUAUACCGUCUGA